UCUAACGAAUCAGUAUCAGUAUCAAUCCGUACAGAUUCCUGACAACAUGAAGGUAUUCAUCUGCUUAUUCGCCGCUAUCGCUGCUGUCUCCGCUACCUGGACUGGUGGCUAUGCUGGCGGUUACUCCUCUGCAGGUCUGCUUAAACCAGGUCUUGUAGGAUAUGGAUACAAUGGAGGAUACUCUGGACUUGGAGGACUAGGCUAUUCUGGACAUGGUGCCUUCGCUGCUGCUCCAGCCGUUGUUAAGAGUGUCGCUCCCGUUGCUUAUGGUGGAUACGGAUAUGGUGCUGGUCUUGGUGCUGGUUACGGACUUGGACAUGGAUACGCCGCUCCAGUUUCCGCUGGUAUCGGUUAUGGUGCCGGUCUUGGCCUUGGCCAUGGCUACGCCGCCCCAGUUGUCAAGUCAAUUGCUCCAGUUUCCGCUGGCAUUGGAUACGGUGCCGGUCUUGGACUCGGACAUGCCUAUUCUGCCCCAGCCGUUGUUAAGUCGAUUGCUCCAGUAGCUUCCGGUAUUGGUUACGGUGCUGGUCUUGGUUACAGUGCUGGUCUUGGAUACGGUGCUGGUCUUGGUUACGGUGCUGGUUUCGGACAUGGAUACGCCGGUGCUGGCUACGUUAAAUCAGUUGCUCCAGUCGCUUAUGGCGGUUAUGGCCAUGGUGCCUGGAAGAAGGCUGCUCACUAAAAAAUCAAAUUUUGCAUAGUAGUUAUUUGAUACAUCUGUCGAGUAUUAUUGCAAAUACGUGUAAGAUAGUAGAAAUAAAAUAUAUUUAAUAUAUAAAGUACUGGCUUUGAAUU